AGCCUCAGAUGACCACGUGUGCAGUCGUCCCAGGUAUGCGCUUCAGUGAAACCAUCUGAUUUACAGCAGGCCUCUGCAGGGGAAGGCUUCAAAGCCCAACAUGGUGAUUCUGGCUCCCUCCACCUUGUUUUUAAUGGACCGCCUCCACCGAAGGAAUUUUAUGAUGCUGCAUGUGCAAUAAAGCUUCAUGGCAAAAGGUCUCGGAGGGAGUGGUGGCUGACUGGCUCAGCAUGUCUGGGGGAGGUGGUUCCAGCGUGUUCAGGCAGGAGUCACCGCCUCACUCUGCUCAUCGCAGAGAAGUCGAGCCCCAUUUGGGCUCCAGAUACGGUGAGCUGAGCUAUGGGUCGAAUGCAGAUGUGAGACGGAUCAAAAUGCAGCAGCGGCAGCAGCAGAGCGACUGGGAUUCACAAGCCAUCAGCCAGGAUCACGUGCAGCAGCCGCCUCAAGACGACAAGAGAGCUGUGCAGAUCAGAACCUACACCCGCUGGAUGAACAUGUUUCUACAGAACCGUGACCCUCCCAUGGUGGUGACCGACCUGAUCAGGGAGAUCCAGGAUGGGCGGAUCCUCAUGGCUCUGCUGGAGGAGCUGACUGGAUGCAGGCUGCUCUACAGGUUCAGGUCGUCUCCUCAUCGCAUAUUCAGACUGAACAACAUAUCCAAAGCUCUGGCUUUCCUGGACGACAGACAUGUGAAGCUGCUUGGCGUUGACGCCUCAGGCGUCGCUGACGGUCUCCCGUCUGUCGUCCUCACCCUUGUCUGGAACAUCAUCUUGCACUUUCAGGUGAAAGAGGUGACCGCGGGCCUCCAGAGGCGUUUAUCUUCCAGCCUCUCGUCCUUAUCGACCAGUGUUCAAUCCAGUGACAUCUCACCUCCGCCAGGCGACACUGGCGGCUACUCCAGCAGAACUCUUCCGAGCAAGGGAAGGAAGGCGGCCAGGAAGCCCAAGUACCAGGGGAAAACUCUGAAAAGCCUCUUGAAGUGGGCCCAAAAAUGCACAUCACCAUUUGGAGUGGAGGUGCAUGACUUUGGGAAAAGCUGGAGGAGCGGUUUGGCCUUCCUGGCCCUCAUUAAAUCCCUGAACCCGGCGCUGGUGGACCUGAGGGAGAGUCUGUCCAGAGAGCCCACAGAGAACAUGCAGCAGGCCUUCGCCGUCGCCCAGCGGAGCCUGGAGAUACCGCCCUUGCUGGAGCCCGAGGAUGUGCUGCGUUCCUCCCCUGAUGAGCAGUCCAUCAUCACCUACGUCUCCAUGUUCCUGGGACAGCACUCAGACCGGGAGCUCCCAGCAGAGCGUAAAAAUGUGGCCCACCCGUCCUGGCCUGAUGAUUCAGGCCCCGAGGGAGAGAUUCCGCCUGAAGGUCCAUCCGUCCAAAUCUGGAGCAGAGAGCAGGACCUCUGGAGACGCUGGUCCAGAAGAUCUCCAGGAGGAGCUCUUGAACCGUCUCAUCUCAGCUGGAGGAGAGCUCCGCAGCCUCCCAGCCCGCUGGACGCCGGCGUGGCGAGCCCGGACAUCCGAUCGUGGAUGGAGAAGGGCGGGCAGCAUCCCAGCAAACCAAGAGAGAGUCACUUCUCUUUGAGCUCUGAGGAGGGAAUCUACAACUUAGCAGUGCUGGACUCUGAUGAGGAGGAUGCCUACAGCUACAUCCUGGAGCUGGGUGAGGAUGAUUUCCAGCCUCACGUGAGAAGACAGGUUCAGAGAGUGGAGGAGGAAACGGCGGAGGACGUGAUCCUGGAUGGAGAGCUGGAGGGGAACUCAAAGGAAGGAGUGUUUGUGGAGAAACAGAACAGCAGAGAGACACCGGAGCCUCUGUUGGUAUCAGAUGGAGGAGGAGGAAGAACAGCUUGUGAUAGAAGUCUGCGCAGAGAUCACGGCAGUCAGUUGCUAGAGGAUCGAAACGCGAAAGACGGAGGACUGAACCGUGGAAGAUCUGAGCGACACACAAAUGGCACAAGGUCAAAAAUGAACCGCAUCAGUGGGACGGCGCUGUCCAAUGGAGACCGAACUUUUCACCCGUCACUCCUGCCGCCGAGCAGCGUCGGGGCCGAGGGUGGACGCGUCCUUCAGUCUCCACCAGCCUCUUGUGACAUAACCCCAUUAGAGCUGGCGCUGCUCGGGGUCCUGUGGCUGCUGCUCUACUGCUACCUCAUCCUGCCUCAAAUGAACCUCUGAGCUCCCCGCAGCGCUGCCUUCCCAUUAAGUCACGCUUAUUAGCAAGCUCUCCCUCUAAUGAGCCAAACAUGGGCACUUAGGGCUCAGCUUGCCUCUUUAUCUGUGUCACAAAAUUUCCCAGAAGACAACAUUUAAUGAUUCGGUUUGGCUCUCAGAGCCGGCGCCAGUACGAUCCACAUAAUGUUGUUAUCCCGGCUAAUGCGCUGCUCCUGUGUACACUACAUUUACUCGACUGGAAUAUGAACAAUUUCACUUUCACUUCAGGUUUGAACAAGUUAGCCGCUGAGGGAGUUUUAUUGAAAGCAGAGCUGGAUUCAUAUCUGGAUAUAGAUCAUCUACGUAUGACGUCUUCAUGCUGAAAAAUAAAAAGGCUUGGAUUGAUUUUAAGGUUGGCAAACAAUCUAUUAACAUUAAAAAUGGCAUGUCAAAUAACAAUUUUACUCUCUCUCUCUCUAUAUAUAUAUAUGUGUAUAUAUACGUAUAUAUGUGUGUGUGUGUGUGUAUAUAUAUAUAUAUAUAUAUAUAUAUAUAUAUAUAUAUAUAUAUAUAUAUAUAUAUAUAUAUAUAUAUAUAUACACAAAACAAUAUUACUUAUUAUAUAUUAGUGCCACAUGUAAGAUGCACCAGGGACUGAAUUACCAAAAUUGUCUGAAUGAAUACACAGUUUUUCAGAUUUAUUCAAUCGGAGGACAGUUUUUUAAAAGCAUGUUUUGAAUGUGUGUGAAUAUGUGUGUGUGAGCAAAUGAAAGUGGUGACUGAAGGGUCAUUUUUCAUCCCUUGUUCUGAUAAGGUGUUUUAUAGCUAUCUCCAUUUGUCAACACAAAACGGAGACGGAGGCUCUAGCUGUGUCAUUGCUGAUGUUUGCAUUUGUCAGUGACAGAUGCUCAAGUGACUGAUUUUUUUUUCAACAUG